AUGAUUAAAAACAUAGUGAAUUGUAAACUUUAUGGCAGGAGAGGAUUUUUCAGAGACUGUUGUCCUGAUUCAAAAUGGGACGAAAGAAAAGCAUCAUGUGUAGAGUGUUCUCUGGGUUUUACUGGGGUGAAUUGCUCGUUACAAUGUAAAUAUCCAUAUUUUGGAAAAGGUUGCCAUGGAAUCUGUAAUUGCAGUAACACUACUUGUGACCCUGGGAUUGGAUGCCCUACUAAAGGGAUCCUUGACUUGCACUGGAGAUGUGAUGACGGGAAGUCGAAUGUCCUUAUAUCAAGGAAAUGGUUCUCCACAAAUGAAGCAGACUAAUAUGAACAUUUUUCUGGAGGACUUG